AUGGUUAAUCUUCAAUACUUCAGGAUGAAGGGGCUCCGCAGGCUGGUGAAGCAGAUACCAAACAUCCUCUCACUCUCGCGCAUACCGUUGCUCUUCUCCAUCACAGCGUGUCUCUUCGCCAAGUUUCCGAGCCGCUAUGCGGUGUCUUUUACUCUCUGUGUUGUGGCAUCCAUAACAGACUACUUAGACGGUGCUACAGCGCGCAAAUUCAACGCGACGUCCGACUUUGGCAAGCUCUUUGACGCCCUCUGUGAUAAGAUUCUAACGGUCGGCAUUUUCAUCAGCUUCAUAGCCACUGGGAUCUACCCUCCGCUGUUCGUGUUCCCAACGCUAAUAGUCCUCAGCCGAGAAUUUCUGGUAACGGGCUUGCGGAUGAUAGCUGCAUCCCGUGGGGUAGUCAUGGCAGCCGAAAGAGGCGGGAAAGUGAAGACGGCAGCGCAGAUGUUUGCCAUCUGUGCCAUCCUUUUCUCCUACACGCUGGAAGAAGCUAAUAUGAGUGAUGGAGGGCUUCUUAACACUAUCCUAUACAUGCUUAUCAAACCCAUCCGCUUGGCCUCCCUGGUGAUGUUUCUGUUCAGUUCUGUCUUGGCACUCAUGAGCGGUUAUACAUAUCUCCGGAAAUAUAGCUACCUGAUCUCUGAUCCCUCCAUCAACUGCACUACAAGUCGCUCUGCUGCUCCCAAUCCAGCAGUGGGUCGAGCAGCCUCACCAGCCUCUAAGCCCUAUGACAUCAUCAGCUCGAGCAAAGCAAGUUCGAGACCAAGCAGGGCUUCCGCCGUCUCCAUAAAGCCAGAAGCGUCUGACCCCAUCUGCAGUCCUGCUCUUCCGGCCCCACCUCCACCAAAAUUUGAUUAA